AUGGCGUGGCAGUCCCGCGUCGCCGCGAUGGAGCGCUCGUACGUCCAAGCGCACGACGUCAUCACCACCGCGAGGCGAAGGGGCGGGAAGUCGAGCGUCGAGCGCGCUGAUGUCGCAUCGAGUGCUUUACGACGAGAUUACGACAACAUGCUCCGCGCCAAAGACGCUCGAGGGAACGACGAAGAUGCGAGCGAGUCCGCGUCGACGUCCACGACGAUCGAGCGCGAUGUGGAGGCGAACGAAGAGAAGACGCGGACGGAACGAACGAGAGAGGUGGAGGAUUCUGCGCACGAGCGGGAAGGCGUGAGUGGGCGCGCGGCUGAUGUGGUUCCGGGAUUGGAUGACUUCGGUCCAGCGAUUGAGAACGACGAGGAACGGGUGAUGACCAAGAUGGAAGCUUGUGGUGAGGCGCGGGGGAAGCCUUUGGUGUUGAUGGCUCUGGAUGCGGUUCGGAGAGCGGGCGUGGUCGGCGCCGCAGCGCUCUUCGGGUUGUUUUUGAUCUUCUUCGGCAUGGCGAUGUUCGAGGAGAUGCAGAAAGGGAUGAUCAUCAGUGAUCUUCGACCGGAUGUCGGGCCCGGGGGGUUCGUGGACGAGCGAACGGUGGCGGAGGAGGCGGAGUUUCGAGGCGAGAGCGCAAAGGCGGCGAUGCUCGACGUUGAGCGCGAGACAGGUUUUGAGAAGGACGCGAGGCGUUUGCUGCGGCGUCAAUGA